GCAGAGUCGUUACAGCGCAGCGACGGUGGCCUCAGGCCGGGGCUUGGGUCUGCCCAGGUUCGCCUGCCCCGAGGCCUGUAAACAGCCACCAUGUCGAUCUUCACCCCUACCAACCAGAUCCGCCUGACCAAUGUGGCGGUGGUGCGGAUGAAACGCGCCGGGAAACGCUUCGAAAUCGCCUGCUACAAAAACAAGGUCGUCGGCUGGCGGAGCGGCGUGGAAAAAGACCUGGAUGAAGUUCUUCAGACCCACUCCGUGUUUGUAAACGUUUCCAAAGGCCAGGUUGCAAAGAAGGAAGAUCUUGUCAGUGCCUUUGGAACUGACGACCAGACUGAAAUCUGUAAGCAGAUUUUGACAAAAGGAGAGGUUCAAGUAUCUGAUAAAGAAAGGCACACACAGCUGGAGCAGAUGUUUCGGGACAUUGCAACCAUUGUAGCAGACAAAUGUGUGAACCCUGAGACAAAGAGACCGUACACUGUCAUCCUGAUUGAGAGAGCCAUGAAGGACAUCCACUAUUCAGUCAAAGCCAACAAGAGUACAAAGCAGCAGGCUCUGGAGGUGAUCAAGCAGUUAAAGGCGAACAUGAAGAUCGAGCGUGCUCACAUGAGGCUGCGGUUUGUCCUUCCAGUGGGUGAAGGGAAGAAGCUGAAGGAAAAGCUCAAACCCUUGAUCAAGGUCAUAGAGACUGAAGACUAUGGUCAACAGUUAGAAAUUGUGUGUCUGAUUGACCCGGGCUGCUUCCGAGAGAUUGAUGAAAUGAUCAAAAAGGAGACAAAGGGCAAAGGCACUCUGGAAGUCCUCAAUCUGAAAGAUGUGGAGGAAGGAGACGAGACAUUGGAAUGACCAUCACUAGUCUGUUCAGCUUGCAAACACUAAAGUGGUUUCUUUUCCAACCAUACUGUUUGAUUUCUGUGGCCCGCCAAAUACUUGCUCA